GCGCAUCUGGGGAUCGCACGACGGCGAUAACCUCGGGCAUGCCAUCUUGAACGUGCUCACCGAGUUCGGUCUACGCGAUGCCGUUGGCUACUUUCAAGCCGACAACGCCAGGAUUCCUUCCUUCGUAUUGCCCGGAGUAGGCUCAACGGCGAAGACCUUAACAGACUUGGCGAUGCUUCAUUUUUCAGCGAGGAUUUAACUGGUUCAACUAGUAGCUGACAAUUCCCCCGUUGCAACUCUGUUUACUACAUGAUCGAAAGGGCACAACGGCUUAGGGAUGUUUUCGAUUACUGGUGUUUCCAGUCAUCGCAUGAAGCGGACCCUGCGAAGGUGGUGCCUGCCGACGAUGUAUUGACUCCCGAGGACUGGCCUGUUUUGAAAGAAAUCACAACACAAUUGGAACCCCUCAAAGUCGUUACUAAUAGGUUCGAAGCCCAGGGACCACUCAUUUGUGAGGUUAUUCCUACAAUGUACCACCUAGUUGAUGAGUUUUCCAACCGCAGGCGUACCUUUGCACCUGCCCAGGCGUACCUUUGCACCUGCCCGCCCCGAAGCCGCUGGCAGUCCCGCCCGAGCCGAUCCAGGACGAAAUUGUCGUUACGGUGCCCUCAACACCAAGGCGAAUACAAAGGCAGGUCAGAAUGCCCUCAUACCUUCAAGAUUACGAAGUUGCUUCCCCUCGCCGUUCCCGCCGAGCAACCAGCAGCCGGGAAUCUCGACCGGGCAAAUGACUACCUUACAGGUCACGACUACUACGACCCCCCGGGCGCCACACAAUGGACCCGAGCUUCAGGAAUACCUUCAGGAACCUGUCAAGCCUGUUGAUGACAUUCUAGCUUGGUGGAUUGAUAAUAAAGACCGCUUUCCGAGGUUGUCGCGAAUGGCCUUC